AUGAGGCCGCCUGCUAAUCUGCCUUCGUUAGGCGACGGCUUCGACAGGCAUCUGGCUCCACUGGUGUCGCCGUCGUUCCCUGUAUCGCCGUCCGCCGCGCGUCAGCAUCAGCAACAGCAGCAGCAGCAGCAAUCGGGCCAAGACUACUUCUCACCCUCUUCGUCGUCUUCAUCGUCUCGCUAUCGCAGCCACAGCGGCUCAUCGUACUGGGACGAUCACAUGAGGACCUCAUCGCGUCCGACCGCCCCUCACCCACCUCAAUUACCUGAGCCCACGUCCAAAUUUCUCCUCACAUCGAGGCAGGCACUACCGCCUCUUGGUGCGUUCGGCCCUUCACCGACUUCUCCGUCUCUCUCUACAAGAUCGCACCAUGAAUAUCAGUCGCUACACGGCGGGCCCCGUGCCGAUGGCGGUGUCAGCUCUUUUGAUCGCUUCUCUUAUCAACCCAGUGACGCGCCGACUCUAUCACCGCCGCAGUCACAGUCUCGGACACACUCGCAAUCGCAAUCACAGUCGCAGCCACACUUGCAAGCACAGCAUUAUCAACAACAGCAGUCUUCUAUGACGUUCUCUUCGGACUACUCUCGUCCGUAUCGCGAUGAAGCUUACACGCACCGCGCCCCACUUGCAGCAAGCCGGCAGGUAGAAGAGACAGCCGAAGAAGACCUACAGCCUCGGAAGCUCGCCAAGACGCAUGUGCCUUCGGCCUGCCUCAAUUGUAAACGAGCCCAUCUGGCGUGCGAUGUCAGCAGGCCUUGUCGACGGUGCGUGAACCUCGGAAAAACGGAUACAUGCAUCGACGUUCAGCACAAGAAGAGGGGAAGGCCUCGUCUCCGCGACCGGGAAGCCGCCUCGUCAUCUGGGACUUCUUUGAGCACGUUGACCAACGGUGAUGGCAGCACGUCUUCAGUAGCCAGCCUCUCUGGCGUUCCUGGCUCGGCCUCACACAUGCGCACCUCCUUCUCAUCGGGCUCUUCCACGUCGACGAUGCGUCGAUCCCCCAAGUCUGAACCAAGCUCUACAUCGUUCAUUUCGCCCACCCACGAGAGAGUCAUGGUCAUGUCGCCCAUACCGACAAGCGAUGCCGCCGAUCCUCUUCCCCCUGUCUCAGCAUCCUCUCAGUCGUCUUACUCCAGUUCCAAUCGCAAUCGUAGCCUGUCUUCGACGAACGGGUUGUGGGCGCCACACCACCAGGGUGCGCCCGUGCCCCCACCUCCGGCACCGUUCCACUCUGGAUCACCGAGGGAGAUGGAAGCGGCAGCCGCUUCUUCGCCAAUCAUCUCACUUGUUCUUUCGACUAGUUUGCAGUGCGCUCGCUGCAGCAUCGAAAGCUUAGCCCUCUUGGGUGUCCAUCCGUCGGAAGUCGUCGACCGCUCUCUCUUCGACUUCGUCCACCCCUCCGAGUCGAAUCUGCUGGAGCAGCUUUGGCUCGGACUGAUCGACCCUGUCGGCGUCGAGCCUCGAAGCGUUCCCGUGGAUCUCGAGACUGUUUCAACGCUCUCUCCCGCGCUCCUCAUGUCACCUGCUCCUGGUACCGUUUUUCUUCAGGAGACCAUGCGCCUUCGACAACGAUCGGGCAUGUAUGACUUCUAUUCUGUCCGGCUGCACCUGGGCGGGGGCUUUGGUGCUGAUCUGUACCAGAGUCACACGCUGCACCGUGCGUACAUCGUUGCUUCCCUCCUAAAGCUCGGCAACGACGCCACGCAUGCCGAGCCAUCGAUGCUCAGGGCGGCUCUGUGGGACUCGGGCUCUGAUGGCCGCUUCUUCCGAGCGCCCGUCUCGGCCCGAGGAUCAGCCUAUGGCCCUCCUCGUCCUUCAUCGUCGACGUCGACUGCAAUGCCGGCAGGCGCAGCACCAAACGGGCGGUCUGCUUCCAACGGGAAUCAGUUUGCUUGGCGCGUUGAAGAUGCACUCCCUCCGUUGAGAAAUGACGACUUGAGGCCCCCCAAGUCAAACGACAAGCACAGCGAUCGCACCAACAUGUAUUCUGCUCAAAUGAGCAGGAAUGGAAGCGUUACGCUUGCCACGAGCGGGGGCAAUACUUCUGGCUCUUCGCCAAACAGCACCGCAGGGCCAGCGCACCUUGUCAAGCGCCAUCCCUACACCCGCGCGACCCCAGCCUCGAGCCGAGCCGAGCUGAGCGGCGUGGCUUGCUAA